UACUUUUGUCAGCAAGGACGGCGCGGUGCUUUCUGGGUAGGGCACUUUCAGGCCGGCCAUAUUUGCUCCAGCGUCCUGUCUGAAGGAGAGAGGCGAUGAAGGGGAUCCGGGGACUCAGCCAGCUGUCGACCAGGCUUUACGCGGCCCAGGCUGCCCGUAAGGUGGACUUUACUGGGACCGCUGAACACGUUAAGUUUCAGCCACAGGAUGUGCAGGUGACCAGACUGCCCAGUGGUCUGGUGAUUGCCUCCUUGGAGAACUAUUCCCCGGCUUCCAAGAUCGGAGUGUUCAUCAAGGCUGGCUGUCGUUAUGAGACCCCUGAAAACCAGGGGGUCACCCACCUCCUCCGGCUGGCCUCCAGCCUGACAACCAAAGGAGCUUCAGCUUUCAAGAUAUGCCGUGGUAUUGAGGCAGUGGGAGGCAACCUGAGUGUGACUUCAAGCAGAGAGAACAUGAUCUACACCGUUGACUGUCUGAGAGAUGACAUUGACACAGUGAUGGAGUAUUUGAUCAAUGUAACAACAGCCCCAGAGUUCCGGCCAUGGGAGGUGUCAGACCUCACGCCCAGGGUGAAGAUGGACAAGGCCCAGGCUGCACAGAGUGCUCAGAUAGGUGUGCUUGAAGGUCUGCAUGAUGCUGCCUACAAGAAUGCUCUCUGCAACUCCCUGUAUUGUCCUAACCACAUGGUUGGCAACAUCCAGUCCGAACACCUGCACCAGUUUGUCCAGAAUAAUUUCACAAGCGCAAGAAUGGCUCUUGUUGGACUUGGUGUCGACCACACAGUGCUGAAGCAAGUCGGGGAGCAAUUCCUCAACGUCCGCAGUGGGGCUGGCAGCACAGGGGCCAAGGCUCAGUAUCGUGGAGGUGAGAUUCGCAUUCCCAGCACCAGCAGCUUCGUCCACUCUGCUGUGGUGAGCCAGUCGGCAGCAGCGGGCACCAGUGAGGCUCUGGCCUUCAGUGUCCUGCAGCAUGUACUGGGAGCUGGUCUGCACGUCAAGAGGGGUUCAGGUGUUUCCAGUAAACUGGUCCAAGGUGCUACCAAAGCAACCGCUGACCCCUUUGACGUCAGUGCUUUCAAUGCAAGCUACUCUGACUCUGGUCUGUUUGGGAUUUACACAAUUUCCCAGGCUGCAGCUGCUAGUGACGUGAUUAAGGCUGCUGUUGCCCAGGUGAAGGAUGUUGCUGAUGGUGGAGUCACAGCUGCUGACCUCACUCGGGCCAAGGCCCAGCUGAAGGGGCACUUCCUGAUGUCUCUGGAGACUUCAGAGGGUCUGCUGGAGAACAUGGGGACUCAGGCUCUUGCCGACGGAUCCUACUGCUCCCCUGAGGAAGUUUCCAAAAAAAUCGACAACGUCUCCUUGACCGACAUCGCCAACGCUGCCAAGAAAUUUGUGACCGGGAAGAAAACAAUGGCAUCCAGCGGCAACCUUGUGAAAACACCCUUCGUUGACGAGGUCUAAAGCCCUUCUCGUCACCUCGUACUGUCCCUAACUCUGACGACAAAGCAGAAUUUGUUUCCUCUACAUUUUCACACACACA